CUUCUCCUCUGCCGACCGAAGCCCCCAAGCCACCGACUUUCUUCCCCCUUGAAAAGCCGGUGAGAUCUUGAUCAAAUUCCUUCCUUUUCUUGUUGAAUAACAAGAUUUAGGACUUAGAAUCUUCCCUCUCAACCCAGAAAAUCCCGAUUCUGCUCUGUUCCGUCCCCUGCAGCCGACUGAAGCUCCCCAGCCACCGCCACCCAUUUCCGGCCGGGAACACCGGCAAAGCUUGGGUUUCUCCUUCUUUUCUUGCUCUAGAACACAAAUUGAACCCAGAAAUUCUCCCCCCCUGCUGGAAAAUCCGGAUCUGCUUUGCCCUGUCCGCCGGCUGCUCUUGUUGUGGGGGCGAAUUGCUUGGGUUUUGGAAUUUUGAUAGAUUUCCCGUGAGCCCAUGAACUUUCUUCUUCCAUGCCGCCGGCCUUUCCCCUAUCUGCAGCUCCGGUUUUAGCUGGAGAAUUAUGGUUUUGAUCGUUCUGUUACCGUAGCACUUGGGUUAGCCUUCUGUUCUGUGCGAGUGAGAUAUAGUCAUGAUUACUGACGCCCGCUAGUGGGAGCUGUAAACGCUAGCACAUGUCGACAUGUAUUUUUGUAGAACUGGUUCACCCUGCAAAUGGGGUUAAACAUUGGGCAUUACUGACGCCUUGGGAGUUUGUAAACACUGGUACUAUUACUGACGCCUGCCAGUGGGAGUUUGUAAACAUUGGUACUAUUACUAACGCCUGCCAGUGGGAGUGUGUAAACACUGGCACUAUUACUGACGCUUGCCAGUGGGAGUUUGUUAAACACUGGCCAUGACUUAUAGAUGAGACUACUGAUGGGUUUUAUUCCGCAUGAACGGUUUGUCAUGAAACACUUUGUUAUUGAAUCGAACUGGAUUUUGCAUUAACGGUUUUGGCACUGAACGUUUUGGCUAUUGAACUGAAUCUGAUUUUGUUUUAACGAGUUAUCAUUGAAAGCUUUGUUAUGUUUAUAUGGUUUAUUUGGCAUGCUUAAAAGUUUUACCCAAGGGCUAUCCAUAUUUACUUACUGAGUUAUCUCAUAAUUUUCCUUGUCCACCAUUUCAGGAAACGAAACUGAGGACGGGGAAACCGAGGGGAGUGACGAGUUAGAAGGCUAGCCAUUCCAAUUGUGAUACUAAACAUGGAGCAUCUGGGAGGUAGGGGAAAUAGAGAGCCACCUUAGAAAUAGACUAUUUACUUCUUUCCCAUUAUACUUAGCAUUUGUGGACAUUUGAAAUAAAGAGAUUUUAAUUUAGUGCUAGUUAUACUUGAGAUUCUUGGUGUAGAAUUGGCUUUAGAUGAUGGAGUAUUAUUAUCAUAUAUAUUUUUUUCUAUUAAUUUUCUUAAAAGUGAAGAAUAAAUUUUAUGCAAAGUU